GCAAAGUAUAAAAUGAUAAUUUUAUUGUUUACUGUCUAAUGUCCGUGAUGUCAAAUGGUACUUGUAAUUUGCUAAUAUUAUGGGCUUUUAGUGAAUUUGCGCACAUUCACACUAUUAAAUCCAACUAUGGUGCGUAAUUAUAAACCAAAGCCUGGGUCCAGGCAAUAUAGAAAAUAUGACCCAGAAAUAAUGAAAAAGGCAUAUAAAGAGUUUCGUAAUGGUGAAGGCUCGUUGUGUAGCAUUGCAAGGAAAUAUAACAUUACCAAAUCGUGUUUAUAUGGGCGCAUCCAUUAUAAUAGAACUAAUGAAUCUGGCGGACGAAAAGCAUUUACUUUAGAGAGAGAGGAACAUAUUAUAAAAUACAUACAUGCUUGCGCACCGUGGCAAUACCAUCUGCAGUUUUGGGAUUUAAGAUUGCUCAUAAAAUUUUAUCUGGACAGACGUCCGGUGAUUGCUAAAAGGAAAUUAGAGAAUAAUUUACCUGGACAAGAACUUGUGAUGAAAUUGAUAAAAAGACAAGAAGACACUAUAUCACAGAAAGUCAUUCAACACAUUAACGAUAACGGCGCAGUCACAGCUGAAGCCGUUCUCAGUUAUUUUCAUGAGCUGAAAAUGUUGAUCAAUGAUCUGGAUCCGCAAAAUAUCGUUUGCUAUAAUGAUAUUUUAAUCGUAGAUGAAGUUGAAGAUAAUAAAACAAAAGAAAAAGAAAACUUGAAAAUAAACAGUAUGCUUGUAAUGCUGGCAGCUUCAGCCGCAGGAGAGGUCUUAGAUCCUCUUAUUUCGUAUAAAGAGAAACCGUGUUACGAGAAAACUCCAAGAAGAUCUAUAAUGUCCAAGCAUUUACAUGAAGAACGAAAACGGCUGAAUACAAGUAUUUUCGAAGAUUGGUUCAAAUCUAUCAUUGUCCCUUACUAUGAAGGAAAAUCAGGCAAAAAAUGCUUAAUAGGCGGUUUCUUUUCGUCGCGUAUUACUAAAGAUAUACUUGAAAUGUGCAAAGAACAAGAUAUACAUUUUGUAUUUUUGCCAGAUAACUCCAGUAACUUGACGCAACCUCUCUACAACCUAUCGCAACUGAUUCAAAAGACAUGGAGUAGUAUACUUCCUCAGGUAAAAAUAGACAGCAGUCAAUACUCAAUCCCGAAACAAAGUUUUUUUGAAAUGACACAAAAUAUCAUUGCUAAUGCAACUGAUACAGUAUUAGAAGGUUUUGAAAAAACUGGAAUAAAGCCAUUCAACCCAGAAGAAGUAUUGAAACAAUUGCCUGGUUAUAAUGAAACAAUUGAAGAUGUGGUCGAAGACUUUGAAACGCGUGAAGCGGAAGCACGAGAAAUACCAGUUCAAGUAAAAACAGAAAUAGAAUUUAGUGACCAAUAUAGUGACGAUGACUACGACGACGACAUUUCAAGUAAUUAUAUAGAGAAAAAGAACACUAAAAAAGAAAAGCAAAACACUUACAGCUUAUCCGAAACUCAACAGCAUGAUGAUGAAAUACUUGAAAACAAAAUGGAAUUAAAACUAUCACCUGUCGAUUUUCAAGAGGAUAUGGCAUGUGAAGAUGCUUCUAUAGAUUAUACGCCAACAAAUACGAUGGUGAGCAUUGACUACGUUCCAAGGUCAUCCAGAGGCCGUAAAUUAAAACCAAAAAGAAAAGAAGAUUUAUCUUCCGAUUCGGACUACGACCCGUCAGGCAAACACGCUCCAAAAAAACGCGCGGCAACUAAAAAACAAUCGACAGAGAAAAGGAACACCAAAGUUUCCAACGACGGUACAGAGGUAGAUCCGCUAUCGAGCGGUCAGAGUGGCACCUACUUGCAAAUCAAUGAAAACCAACUUGAAAACGGUACUUCCGUUACGCAAACACAGCUGCUAGAAGCGAUCCUAUCAACUGUAACUCGGCAAGAGAAGCUCCAAGAACGCGCCACGGUAGCCAUGGAAACGCAGGCUUCAGCGCUGUCGAAUAUCGCUAUGUUAUUGGAGCGUUUGGCGAAUAGUAACUUUAAGCCCUGAAGAUAAUUUAGCUAAUACCUAAGUGACUGCCUACCUAAAACGGGGUUACUUUGAUUCGUGGGGUAAAAUUGAUCAAAGUAUUUAAUGUUGUAAAGAGCUGGUUUUUGGUUUAUUACUACAUAUUAGGAAAUACUUCAACUGUAUCUAAUUAAUGUGUCAUGCCUCUCGCUCUUACAUAUGUGUUUCAUCAUCAGCUUGGGUACAAACUGUAGCGUAAAAAUAGAAUAAAUUGAUAAAGUUUUCAUCAGUUGUCGAAAGAUGGCAGUAAAUUUACUGUGGCUACAAAAAUCAAUUUGACAAUCCGCCUCUAUAUCAAAUUCUCUUUGAUAAUACAAAGGGUAUGUUAAGUCAAUUUGUUUGAUUGCAAGAAUUGAAGAGUCAAUGUUUAUAAUGAUAAUGUAUAAAAUCCGAAAUAAAAAAAGAAUGCCGAAAUAGAACACCUGAUAGCCGAGCCGAACAUAAUAGCUGAACCAAAGCGCAUCGUCUCCGCUGGCUUGGCCAUCUCGAAAGGAUGGGUGAAGAUCGGGCAGCCAAAAGGGCCUACCUGGGUCGACCAACUGGGCGCCGUCCUGUUGGUCGUCCUAAAUACCGUUGGGCAGAUAGAGUGGAGGCAGAUCUCCGUGAGCUCGGCGUCGGCGAAAGCUGGCGGGAUACCGCUCUGGACCGAUCAAAGUGGCGUGCUCUUGUGUUGGAGGCCAAGACUCAUUUUGGGUCACCGCGCCAACAAAGUAAGUAAGUAAUGUAUAAAAUCCAAAUUGUAUGUUCAAUAUCAUCAUUGCUCUCCGACUCUCCGUGCUGUAUAUAAAGAGUAUAUGUAUAAAUGUAUACAGGGUGUUACUGACCAUCGGACUUUAAAUCCAGGCCUCGAUUCUACUCGCUAAACUGAGCUACUUUUAUUACGGCACCAACCCCGAAAUCCCAAAUUUUUUUUUACUUUUUCAUACAUUUUGGCUGAUCAGAUGUCGACGUUUUCUAUGGAAAAGCCAAAAAAUUUUCCCGAUUUUAGGGUUCGUCCCAUAGUAAAAGUAACUCAGUUUAGCGAGUAAAAUCAAGCCCUGGAAUUAAAGCCCCAUGGUCGGACACUGUAUGUCGUGUGAGUAAAAGGUUUCUACUUUCUACGUACCCACUUUUAAAAAUGCGUGGUUGCGUGUUUGAUGACUAAUAAAAGGUUAAUCCAAAGAAAUAUCUUUUUUACUCCAUAUUAACACAUUCACUACCAACGCGAGCUACGCGCUACGAUGUAGUGUUUUCCAUCGCAUUUUCUCGGAAACGUUCGUAUUUGUCAUGCUACUUCAGUCGACU